ACAAGGGGUGUGUGCAUGUGGGGGUGUGAUUUGAUUGUGUCACCCUCUGGAUUUGUCAGAUAUCAGGAGCUGCUGUAAAAGGCACCUGUUUCCCCAGGCUUGUCAUAUCUAGGUUAAUAUACGGUGCCCGUCACCAUGGUCUCUGAGUGCAUUUCAGAGGGUUCCGUGGUGGGGUGGGUGGCUGAGGAGGGAGUAUUGUUGUUAUUAUUUCUAUUCCCCUAGCACCCAAGGGCCAGUCUGGGAGCUCCGCAGGGGCAGGUUUGCUCAGGCUUGGGCAGGCUGGGGGCUGGAUGGCUGAGCCGCUCCCCCCCUGCCCAGCGGAGAGAAGGACGCCAGAAGGGAAACCAACCAAGCAGCUUUCCCAACUCCGGCCCGCCUGCUCCAAACCGGCUCAGCCCUUCCCAGGCAGCCCCGCUCCCUUCCGCCGACUUUCCCCCGGUCCCUUAGUGGUCUUCCAGCCUGGCUCAGCACUUUGCUCACACUCCCUUGCGCUGCGAUGUGCGUCCCCCUCGCUGCUGUGUGCGCGGUGCAAGCGGCUGGCGGUCCCAGUUCCACUCUGGCCGAGGCGAAGCGUAAGGCAUAUUCAGCAGAACCUGGUCAAGCCUAAGAAUUUGCCUAGAAAGUUCAGAAGCACAAGAUGACAGACGAGCCCAUUAAAGAGAUUCUGGGAGCUCCAAAGCAUCCUGAACCUGUAACGAUGGAGAAGAGAAAUAACAAUGACUGUGUGGUAACCACUGUCCCUUUGGUCAGUGAGUGCCAGCUCACUGCAGCAACCGGAGGAGCCGAGCUGUCCUGUUACCGUUGCACUAUCCCCUUUGGCGUGGUCAUUCUUAUAGCUGGAGUGGUGGUCACCGCCGUGGCGUACAGUUUCAAUUCCCACGGCUCAAUCAUCUCCGUGUUUGGACUGGUCCUCUUGUCAUCUGGACUCCUCUUGCUGGCUUCUAGCGCCUUGUGCUGGAAAAUCAGGCAACAGCACAAGAAAGCCAAAAGGCGGGAGAGUCAGACAGCGCUUGUGGCAAAUCAGAGAAGCUUGUUUGGUUAGAGAGACUACCAGGAAAACAUCGAACAGAAGAGAGCUCCCUUGUAAGUCAAUUUGACUAUUUAUUGAUAAGUCAGACCGCAGAAGGUUUUUGACUGGAUUGGAAUGAAAAUGGGUUGGAUUGAGAGACUCUAGGAGCAUCUUUGGAAUUGUUAGUAUCUGUCUUUUCACAGACUUACAAAAAGUGCUAUUUCUUCCAAGACAGAGGGGGGAAAAAAGGUGGAUUUUUUUUUAUUUUUUUUCCCUUCACAGAAAACAAAAAUUUGUCAUAACUGCAGUCGAGAGAAUUAGUCAACACUCAGAUACUAUUGGAAAGGGAGCCCGGUUAACAAACAAGAAAAUAACUUAACCUGAUCUGAUGUGCCAGAAACCUGCUUAAAAAUAUUACGCACUGUGAGGUCUGACCAAGGGAGGAGUUGUUGCAUUUGAACAGAUGACAAAAAAAAAAAACCCCAUGUGGCUAGAUUGCCUUUGACUUACGUUGUUCUAGGGAAAAACAAACAAACAUGAAAAAAACAACUGGGAUUGCUUAAUAAGCUGAUGUGAGGAUGGCAGGUCAUUUUGGUUUGUUCCUAUGAGUUAUCAGUGGUACUUUUUUUUAAAAAACCAGUAAUAUUAAACUUGUUUUACUAUUGAAUAGAGGUAGGUAGCUAUCUGUAAUUAUAUUUGUCCAACAUAAAUAACGAGGUAUGAGUAUAGCUUAAAAAAAAGUGAGUUUUUUGUAAAUUAAAGUGGUCAGAUUUAGCACUUUUGAUGAUUUUGAUAAAAAAAGAUUUAAAAUGUACAUUUCAUUUAAAAUAAUAAACAUUCAGUGCUGCUA